AUGGAGGAGGGCUGGUGCGGGGUGCCAGGGGCACUGGGAAUGGAGGAGGGCUGUUCCCCCCCGGCUGGUCGUGCGGGGAUCGGGGGGGAACCCUUGUCUGGAGACGUCCGGGGGGGGGGGGGGAGGACCACCCCCAUCUCGAGACAUUCCCCCCCCCCCCCGACCCCACUCCUCUGCGCAAUACCCCAGAGGAUCAGCAAUUUACCUUCCGUUCUCUCCUCUCAGCCUCCUGGACGCCUGGGUUCUUUCGAAGCCUUCGCGAGGUCCGGAGCUCUUGUGCCUGGGAUGGAUUUUGCCACCCUGGGGGGGCAGGAGAUGACCCCCCAUUUCCUGGAGCCCCCCCUCCUGCCGCCGGCCGAUGAAUCCGCGGUCUUCUUCCACGGAGCCGAGGGCGGGGACCCCGGGGCCCUCGCUACCUACUUCUCCCGGACAUCGGAGUCCUACCGCAGCACGCCGGCGCGCCCCGUGUACCCCCUCCUCAAUGGGCUGCAGUGGGUGGACGGGCACCCAUACGCCACGGCCGGCUGGACCCCCGUCUCCUACGGCAAGCCCCAGACCGGGGUCCCCCUCUAUCCGGCUCCGCCCUCCUCCUCCUCCUACAGCCCCCCCUCGCCCAAGGAGCAGCCCCCCGAGGACAAGGGCAGCCCCAAGUUCCUGGAGAUGCUGAAGACGGAGCCGACGAGCCCCUCCACCACCGAGCUGCUGACGUUGGGGUCCCCUGCCGGGGCCCCCCACCCCGCCUACACCGGGACCCCGGAGUUCGGGUUCUACCAGCCCAGCGGGAGCCCCCUGACGGCUGGGUACUCCCCCAAACUCAGGGGGCCACUGCAGCUGUCCCCAUGCGAGGCGCGGGAGUGCGUGAACUGCGGGGCCACGGCCACCCCCCUGUGGCGCCGGGACGGCACCGGGCACUACCUGUGUAACGCCUGCGGGCUGUACCACAAGAUGAACGGGCAGAACCGGCCGCUCAUCCGGCCCAAGAAACGCCUGAUCGUCAGCAAACGAGCGGGUACCCAGUGCAGCAACUGCCAGACGACCACCACCACCCUCUGGCGCCGCAACGCCAGCGGGGAGCCCGUCUGCAACGCCUGCGGCCUCUACUACAAACUGCACAAUGUCAAUCGCCCCCUGACGAUGCGGAAAGACGGCAUCCAGACCCGCAACCGCAAAGUCUCCGGCAAGGGCAAGAAACGCCGGGGGGCGGCUCCGGGCGAGGGGGGGGCUGGGCCCCCCACCCCACUCGAACUGCUCUCCCCCCUGGGCGAGGACCCCAGCUCCCUCUACGCCCUGAGCCCCAUGGUCCUGUCCAGCCACCUGCUCCCCUUCUCCCCCUCCACCCACCUCCUCGGGCCCCCCCCAGCCGCCUACCACCCCCCCCACGCCUCCCCGGGGGCAGGCACCUCGCUGGGGUGAUGGGGGGCCCCUCGGGGAAGGAGGCUGAGCCGGAAAGAGGGAGCAGCUGGGGGGAUAUUGGGGUACAACUGUUCGGGGGGUUGCCCCCCCCCAGCCACAGAGUCGGGGAUUGGGACAGAGGGGGCAGAGUGUUGGGGUACAGGGGCAUUCUCCUCAGCUCAGUAGCCGCAAGGAUUGGGGCCACCCCCCCGUCUGUCCCAUCGCCCCCCCAUACACACGCACCCGUCCAUCCCCCCCUAGACCCCCAUCUGUCCCUCCCUCCAUCCACCCGGCCACUUUCGAAGGAAUGACCCCCUCAUUUCUACCCUCCCCUGUGCCUGGGUUUCCCCUUCAGCACCCCCAAAUCCUCACACAGGGGGCUCCCCCUACACCCUUCGCCCCUUGUGGUCCCCAAAAUGAACCCGUGUCCCCAUGAUCCAGCACUGGCUGCGAUAGGACCCCCCGUUUUUACUCUCCCUUCUGGCACCCCAAUAUAUUGUGGGUUAAAAAAAUAUAUGGAAACCGCAUUUUAAAAUAUAUUAUAUAUUUCUUGUAAUGA